AUGGUGGGCGAUGAAGAAGAUUGGAAACGAACGUACAGUGAGUUGGAUAUGAAACCUCAUGAAAAUCUGAACUUUAUUUUUGGCCCAAACGGAACAGUCGACCCGAGAGCCAGGGCUAACAUUCAUGUUGUGCGGUUUGAAAUGAAUGCCAAGAGUAGCAACUCGUUUUUCAUUGAUGAUGUGCACAAAACCAGGGAUGAGGUUAAAAGGUUCAUUAGUCGGUAUCGAAUACAGGUGGAAAAUAUCUGCCAGUUUAUGGCUCAGGAUCAAGUGACGGAAUUUGCGCGUCAGUCACCUCAGGCUCUUCUACAGAAUACCGAAAAGGCGGUCGGAUCCUCUGAUCUUUUCGCUCGACACAUGCAGCUGAUUCAAUGGCAGAAAGAAAUUAACGACAUGAAGGAGGUGAUUGUUUCAAAAAAGGAGACAUUGAAAAAGUUGAAAAAUCGAAUCACACAUCUGGCCCCUGUUGUGAAAGCACGCAUGGAAUGGGAGAAGAGUGUUCAGGCUAUCCGUCAGUAUAUGACCGACGAACUGCGUUUUCAGUGCGGAAAGCAAUUCGACGAACUUCAUAUAAAAGACCAGGAGAUAAACCACAGUCGCUGUACCACCGAAGUUUUGCGCAAAACCAUCCAGGGACUUACUGAAGACAUUAAUAAGAUCGAUGAAGCCCAGGAAGCAGAGUUGACGCAAAAAAUUGCAGAAAUUAACCUGGAAUGCGAAAAAAUUACCGAUUGCCUGUGCGAGGAACGCGCAGCUAAGCGAGAGGUUGAACGGCGACAGAUGCAAGAUAAGAAUAUGGCAGAAAGGCUGGAACGUGACCUGAAGCACUUCCUUGAUGUGAAAGAGGGGAAAUUAAGGUUUUUGGAAGUACAUUUCAAUUCUGAGUACCGAGCAUACAUGUGGUACCAGGAGCACAAGGAGAAGUUUUCCGGUAUGGUGUACUUUCCAUUUCUGACGAUAGAUGUGCCGUGCGCGGAGUACUUAAAAUUCGUCGAAGCAGCGUUGACUUUGCGCGACAUCUUCAGC